AUAAUUCGUCCGAGGUGUCGUCUUAUCAUGUGAUACUCCAAACGAAAUAUCACCAGCGAUCUGAGCUCUCGUCUAUUGGGAAAAAGAAAAUCAACUUCAAGAUCAGGGCAACUCGCGGUAAGCCCACUUUUGCGACUACCUGUCCGCUUAGUGUCGCGCCAAUCGUGCCCGUGUACUUGGGCACCUGUACACCGUGUAAUAGAUAUUUGUCCGGGAAAAUGCGUUCGUUUUCAUGCUAAUCAUAUUAUUAACGUGCUCAUAUAAGUAGAUAUUCGACUUUCGGGUAGUUCUCUCCAGUGGAUCGUGCGGCCGGACGGAGUUUUCCGUGGAAAUAUUUGUGCUUACUUUGAGUGUUUACUGCGAAUCGUUUAUUUUGAAAAUCGUGUUCUAGGAGCGAUCGGCUUAAUUUGGAACCUGGUUAAAGGCAAUAAUGAAGCAGUGCGAAAAGUGUAAAGUGGUUGCAUUGUAAUGCUAUAUAGUGCGUUAAAGCCAUUUAGCGUGGUGGUGUAAAAUUGCGGUCGACAGGUUACAGAAUGGCCUUUUCAAAUGGUAAAAUGGAUCGGCUGUCCGUGUCGCCGAGAAUCCUUUCGAUGAACAGGUCCAUGUCUCCUAUUCCAACCGACGACGAAAGCGAAUCGGGACUAGGGUAUCAGAACACUUUGAUGUAUGGCCGCUAUACAAAGGAUUUAGGAGAAUAUGCCAAAGAUGAAGCAAGAAAACUCAAAAUACUUGAAAAAAGAAGGAAACAAGAAGACAAAGCCAGAAAUAAGGAAUUAUUCAACAAAAGGAGAAGUCGUCUAAUUAAGGUUUUAUCAUGGAUUUGGAAGCGAACAUUUGCCCGUUUAGGGGAGGACUGGGUCUUCCUGGCAUUAUUAGGUAUUAUAAUGGCAGUACUGUCUUAUAUCAUGGACAAAGGAAUAUCAAUAUGUACAAGUGCGCGAGUAUGGCUCUAUAGAGAUUUAACAAUCCAACCAGUGGCACAGUAUUUGGCAUGGGUUUCGCUGCCGGUUUGCCUCAUAUUAUUCUCAGCGGGAUUCGUGCACCUUAUUGCACCUCAGAGUAUAGGUUCUGGAAUCCCCGAAAUGAAAACAAUUUUACGAGGGGUUGCACUCAAAGAGUAUCUCACCUUUAAGACUUUGAUUGCUAAAGUGAUUGGACUAACAGCGACUCUUGGCAGCGGUAUGCCACUAGGCAAAGAAGGUCCAUUUGUGCACAUAGCUAGUAUAGUUGCACAAUUAUUGAGUAAGUUAGUAACUUCCUUUCAAGGAAUCUACGAGAAUGAGUCACGCAACUCAGAAAUGUUAGCAGCAGCUUGUGCUGUAGGAGUGGGAGCGUGUUUUGCAGCACCUAUAGGGGGUGUCCUAUUUAGUAUCGAAGUAACUACAACGUAUUUCGCUGUGCGAAACUAUUGGCGAGGCUUCUUCGCCGCAGUAUGUGGUGCAACGAUAUUUCGGCUGUUAGCAGUUUGGUUCCAGAAUACAGACACUGUUCGUGCUUUCUUCCUCACACAUUUUACUGCUGAUUUCCCAUUUGAUCCUCAGGAGCUGUUCAUCUUCGCUUUAAUGGGGGUAGUUUGUGGAGUUGGAGGAGCUCUUUACGUGUGGGUGCAUAGGAAAUACGUAUUAUUUAUGAGAUCGAAUAAAAAGAUAAAUAAGUUUCUUCAAAAGAACCGAUUUCUGUAUCCAGGUAUCCUGGCCUUAUUAGUUUCUACGCUAUCAUUUCCGCCUGGAACCGGGCAAUUCAUCGCCGGCGAAUUAAGCACACAUCAACAAGUCACAGAUCUUUUCUCGAAUUUCACCUGGUCACAUGAAGAAUUAACAGUCGAGCAAGCUGCAAUUGUUACUCAUUGGACAACACCUCAUACGAAUGUGUUUGUUAGCUUAUCAUGUUAUAGCUUAUUCACGUUUUUCUUCUCCAUCGUCGCAUCCACUAUCCCAGUGCCAUCCGGUAUUUUCAUUCCUGUGUUCAAAAUUGGCGCCGGGUUAGGACGAUUAGUCGGCGAAGGAAUGCAUCUAUGGUUCCCCAAUGGUGUACGAUAUGGCGGUCGACUGUCCCCUAUUAUACCAGGAGGAUAUGCAGUUGUCGGAGCUGCUGCCUUUUCAGGAGCUGUAACUCAUACUGUUUCCGUGGCUGUUAUUGUCUUCGAGAUGACCGGGCAAAUCACUCAUGUCGUUCCGGUAAUGAUAGCUGUUUUGAUUGCCAAUGCAAUAGGUGCAUUACUGCAGCCAUCUAUGUACGAUAGUAUUAUCCUUAUUAAGAAAUUACCAUAUCUGCCAGAUCUUUUGCCAUCAAGUUCAGGAAUGUAUAACAUUUAUGUAGAGGACUUCAUGGUGAGAGACGUGAAAUACAUUUGGCAAGGAAUCAGCUAUCAAAAGUUGAAAGAGAUUUUGAAAGCAAACAAACAUUUAAGAAGUUUACCCUUAGUCGAUAGUCCUGAGAAUAUGAUACUCCUGGGGUCAGUGCAAAGAUAUGAACUCAUUAAGAUGAUUGAAAAACACGUUGGUCGUGAGAAACGUUUGGAAGUAGCUGCAAAAUGGCAGAAGGAAGCAGAAGAAAGAGCACGGGAGGAAAAGGAGCGUCUGGAGAAUGAAAGUAACGAGCGGAUUAGAAGACCUUCAAGAUUUGAAGUUUCACCUGCACCCGAUAUCUUAGCACUUCGGCAAUUUGCUAAUGAUGAGAUGCUUCCGCCACAAGCAAAGAAGCGCCAAGAGAAUCAUCACCCAAUUUUUGGGAUUCAACCAAAAAAGUCUAUUCUCAAGAAGACAAACUCGUUCACACUGAAGGGUUUCACACCUCUUUCGCCUCACAGUCCGGUUGUGACCCCAUACACCACCAUUACCGGCAAUGAGCAUCGAUUGAGAUCAGCUUUCGAAGCCAUCUUCAGGAAAUCUGCAACACUUCAAGAUGUAACUCCAGAUCCUGAAAUUGGGUCUGUAAGCUCACCUAGUUUACAUCGUAUGACUGACUCAGUUCCCCACACCCCAAGUGUUCUCAAGAAAGUUCAGCUGCCUAGAGAGCGCGUAAUCGAUAUGUCGCCCGAAGAUCAAAAAGUAUGGGAAAUGGAAGAAAUGGCCCAACCAAUUGAUCUGGAAGCUGCCAAAGUUAGCAUUGAUCCCGCGCCAUUCCAACUUGUCGAAAGGACAUCAAUUUUGAAAGUACAUUCAUUAUUCUCGAUGGUGGGGAUAAAUCAUGCUUACGUGACUAAAAUUGGACGAUUAGUUGGGGUGGUGGCACUGAAAGAGCUGCGAAAAGCCAUCGAAGACAUAAACAGCAACAACUUCAUCACACAGUCAGUUGCGCCUCCCGAAAAGCCAAGAAUCGAGAUUAGUUCUGAGACAGGAGCCGUGCAGGAGCCUCUUCUAAAUGAAAGUGAUAAGAAAGUGAACAUGACUAUCACUUCCAUGGAUUCAGCCUUAUCGAAUUCAGAAAUUGGCUCCGACAUUGAAAUGGAUACGAUGACGGAGAAGAGUGAUAAGCCGAGACCGAACUGAGUGGACCAAAGAUCAAAGCAUAUUCCUUCAGCCCAGUUGAACUCAUCCAGCUAGAUAGAAGCAAACGCAUCAUAGUACAUACAUACUACAUAUAGAGCAUAAUCUUUCUAUGUCUAUGCAUUUUUAUUAUACGAUAAUAAAUUCUCUAGUGUAAAAGUGAACCGACAUAGCGAAAAAUGUGAUUUUAUACCUUGAAAAGAACAGAUUUGUUCAUUCGUAGUUCUCUUAAUUUUUUUAAUUUUAAUUAGUCAAUUUUACUGUACAUAUUUCCUUCCUACCAACAUUUCGUGUUUGUAUUGGACAAAUUUGUCCUAGUUUCGCUCCAAUGUGAACCACGUCAUGAACGUUCUAGUUAUUUGAGUUUUAAUGAGAAAAGACAUUACUUGUAGAUGAUAAGAGUAUAAUAGUGAAGAGAAUAUUUAUGUUAUUUUAGCGUAUAAGAUAAAUAAAGAUAAUCUAUGGAAA